AACCUCUUUAAUGGAACCUAUUUUUGUGACUUUGAAUCUUGAGUGCUAUUUUGAGAACAAAAACUUAGUUUGGUGUUAUCCUAGUUUUUUUCUCAUAUGGGUUUAUCCAUUUUUAUUCUCUUCUUACGGACGAAUUUUUGUAAUAGAUAUUUUUAUGUAUUAUAUUUCAAUAAAAUUUAAAACACAAUCCGCGCGCGCAGAUCCAGAUCUACUUGAAAUUAAAAUAUAUAUAAUGUAUAGCUAGUGUGUUUGUUUGUCAACUCGCCCCGAUCCGCCCGUGGGCCGAAUCAUUUUUUAUUCAAAAAUCUAACUCACAUAAUCCGUAUACAAAAAAUCUUAUAGUUACAUCCUCUCCGCCAAAAUCCGGGGUAUUAUUAAUUAUAUUAGAAACAAUUUUUUAAUUAUAUAAUAAAUAUUAUUUAGAAAGUAAUUAAAAUAAUAUAUUUAUAAUUGAAAUUAUAUAAUUAUAUAAUAUUUUAUAUAUUUUUACAAAAAGUAUUUAAAAAAAUACUUUGAAAACUUUACGGGUUAACAAAUACUUUAAAAUAACCCCAACUGCAUCGUAUUCAGACGAACCACCCACGCUCAAAAAGGACGCAACCCGCGGAUAAUAACUUCAAUUCACAAAAAUGUAUAGCUGUAUAUUUCAUACCCCACAAAGAAUCAUUUUGUUAAUUAGCUUCCAUUAGUGGUUGAUUUGACCAAAUUAACACUGAUUCAUUAACUAAAAAGUAACGCCAGAAGACUUAAAAAGAUUACAAACAUGCAAUAGCCAAUCCCGCACGACACUGAUGUAAAUAAGUCGUCGCCUCCCUCCCUUCCUCCCUCCUUCUAAUACUUCUCGAUCCAGAUCCAAUUCCUCUCUUCUCCGAUCUGGUCAAACACAACACACAACACAAUGUCAUCCUCCUCCUACGCCACGAGCAGCCUCGUCGUCGGCUACGCGCUCUGCUCCAGCCUCCUCGCCGUCAUCAACAAGUUUGCAAUCACCUACUUCAACUACCCCGGCCUCCUCACCGCCCUCCAGUACCUAACCUCCACCGUCGGCGUCUACCUCCUCGGGAAGCUAGGCUUCCUCCACCACGACGCCUUCACGUGGGACACCGCCAAGAAGUUCCUCCCCGCCGCCGUCGUCUUCUACCUCGCCAUCUUCACCAACACGAACCUCCUCCGCCACGCUAACGUCGACACCUUCAUCGUGUUCAGGUCUCUCACCCCUCUCCUCGUCGCGAUCGCGGAUACGGUGUUUCGUUCCCAGCCGCGUCCUUCGAAGCUCACGUUCUUGUCUCUGCUAGUGAUCCUCGCUGGCGCGGUUGGUUACGUGGCGAACGACUCUGCGUUCACUCUAACGGCCUAUUCGUGGGCCUUGGCUUAUCUCGUUACGAUAACUACCGAGAUGGUUUAUAUUAAGCAUAUGGUUUCGAGUCUUGAGCUCAACACGUGGGGGUUUGUUUUAUAUAAUAAUCUAUUGUCGCUGAUGAUUGCGCCGAUCUUUUGGUUCCUCACGGGGGAGUACACGGACGUUUUCACGGCGGUGAAUGCUAACGGAGGAGGGAGCUUGUUUGAUCCCGUUGCGUUUUGCGCUGUGGCGUUGUCGUGUGUGUUUGGGUUUCUUAUUAGCUUCUUUGGGUUUGCUGCGAGGAAAGCAAUAUCCGCUACGGCUUUUACUGUGACGGGUGUUGUGAACAAGUUCUUGACUGUUGUGAUUAAUGUUUUGAUUUGGGAUAAGCAUGCGAGUCCUGUUGGGUUGGUUUGUCUUUUUGUUACGAUCUGUGGUGGUAUUGGUUAUCAGCAGUCCGUGACCGUGGCUAAGAAGCCGGCCAAUGGUCCAGAUCAAGUGUUGAACGAGAGUGAGAAGGUUGAUGAAGAGUCGGUGGAGUUGAUUCCUGGGAAAGUAGCCACUAAUGUAUGAUGAUGAGGUUUUAGCAUUUGAGUAUUUACAUUUGAAGAGCUUUCUUCUAGCAACUUUGUUAUGGUUUCUGGCUUUUAUAGUAUCAUUUUUGUAAACUUGUUACUCUCAUUCUCCUAUCCAUUAAUACAAAUAUUCAAAUAUCAGUAAAUU